GUCAAUGACGCUGGUUUUAACUAAGCUCAUUUAAUAACAAAAUCGACAGAGACAACCUAGAACUUGCACCGACUCUGUUUCUGGACUCCGAGAGGGAGAGGGACUUGAUAUAAUUCGAAUGAAGCUCUCGUUAGCUCCAGCACCGAGUGUCAGCUCCCGGUUUUGUGAAUAGCUCUUUUGUCCGUGUGAUGGAUUCGAAGAUUAAUUAAGGAAUUACACCUCGUCAAACUAUGUCGCCACAACAGGAUAACAUUGGCCAGAGUCGUUCUUCUUCCCUGUCGGGGGAAACUCGAAUAUCGAGCUGCAGAAAGACAGAGAAGAAAAUGAAGAGUUUGGCCCAGAGACGACAGUCGGCACCCUCUUUUAUGAUUAGCAAAGCACUUAACAAAACCAGAACACUGUCCAGAGAAAGCUGCCUAUCUCCUGUGAGCCCAGAGCUCUGCCCUCUUCUUCGGUCCGUUACAGGCCCACACAGAACAUUUCUUAUGGAAGGACCUGUCCAGCUCAAGAUCGGUCUCCAAACACAAGACCGCCAUCUCUUCUUGUUCAAUGACGUUUUAGUCAUAGCAAAAUCAAAAUCUGUAACUCAUUUCAAGCUGAAGAAACAAGUGAAAGUUAGCGAGGUUUGGAUGACAUCCUACACGGAUGGAGUGUGUGAAGGAAGUACAAGUGCAGAACAAUCCUUUGUAUUGGGCUGGCCCACAACAAAUUGCGUGGCAACUUUCAGCUCUAUCGAACAGAAGGAGAAAUGGCUCUGCUGUCUCCAAAGCUGCAUUAAAGAGGAGAAAGAGAAAGAACAUCCAAAAAAUAUUCCCUUGAAGAUACUCACCAGGAAUGUUGCAAGCUGUGUAUAUUCAAAGGUCUUAACAGUGAAGAAUACAGACACAGCAAAUGAUGUCGUUGCCAUGACACUUCAACACUUUGGUAUCAUGGGCAGUUCUAAAGACUAUCAACUUUGGGUCACCUCUGGCAAGGAAGACACUCCCUAUCCUCUCAUUGGACAUGAAUAUCCUUUCAGUAUUAAAAUGAGUCACAUUCAAAGUGCCACUGGACAGACGCAAGGGUCCAAGGACGCAAUCUACCCUCUAGAUUUCCAGGGGCCUUUCAUUAUCGAACAGCUGCCUGUGGAGAUGCAGUGCCAAUUCAUCUUAAAGCCAAGUCACCUGGCAUCAUGCCAGCACAUGGCUGAUCCAAGUCAAAAGCAAUGCAAAAGGAAAAGAUCAAUUAUGAACUGGGCUUUCAAGCGUGGUUCUGGCAUUCAUUUAGAAAACAUGCCUACAUCCCAUACUUCCAUAACACCAAGAGGACUAUUUGGCCUUCCUCUGUCAACCAUUUGUGAGAAUGACAAUUUCCCAAAGCCUAUAAUGGAUAUGCUCUUCUUUUUAUUUCAUGAAGGACCAUACACCAGGGGCAUUUUCAGACGCUCAGCAAAUGCUAAAUCCUGCAAAGAAUUGAAGGAGAAGCUGAAUGCUGGAGCUGCAGUGCACUUGGCCGGUGAAUCUGUGUUUGUGACUGCUGCAGUGUUCAAAGACUUCCUUCGAAAUAUUCCUGGUAGCAUAUUUUCCUCAGACUUGUAUGACGAGUGGAUGGCAGCAAUGGAAAGGAACAGCCAUGAAGAAAAGAUAAAGGAAAUUCAGAGAUUGCUAGACCAGCUUCCAAGACUGAAUACUCUCCUUCUGCAUUAUCUAUUUGGAGUGCUUCACAAAAUUGAGCAGCAAGCUGAGGAAAACCAAAUGAAUGCCUUCAACUUGGCGGUCUGCAUAGCGCCCAGCACCCUGUGGCCUUCCACCCUCUGCAGCCCUGAGACCGAGUGCAAGUCCACAAAAAAAGUUGCCUUGUUUGUGCAGUUUUUAAUUGAAAACUGUUCCAGGAUUUUUGGCGAUGUCUUCACUUCUCUCUUUGAAGUAUUAUCAUCAAGGAGGUUUGGGAGCAGAGAUGAUGGUUCAGAUCUCCCUUCAUUUCAAAUGCACGACUCCUCUUACAACAGUCUGGAAAAUGAGCUCAAUGAUGAAACUGACUCCGCUCUAAUGACAAAAAGAAGCCAAGAAACUAGAAGCAGGGAUUCAGUUCUGUCCUGGAGUGACUGUGACCUUGACCAGGCUGAGGAUGAAGCAGCUCAUAGAAAGGUCCCAUUGACAAUGAAGUCCUUACAAAUUCCUCCAGCUUCCCUGGAAGAAAGUGUGAUCUGCCAGUUUUCAAACAAAGCCCUCCUGGACUCCAGCAGUUCUGGUUACUCGACUUGCGAGACUCUGACAGACCCUAGAAGGCACAGAAGGUGUUCUGAGCCGAGUAUAGUUCCUUCUACUUCACAGUUUGUUCAACUGUGCCAGAGUCGCAAGCCUCUAAUCCGCAAAACUAGUUGCGACGCUGUCCUGAGUCAGACAGCCGAGAACUGCAUUGAACAACUACAGAUCGGAGGCCAGAAUCUGACAAAACACAACGUGAAGGAGAGCACUGAUUUGGGUGGGUGCAGAAACAGUGGCCAUAAAUCAGAUCGAAGGGGAUCAUUGAGUAAUGGUCAACAUCGGCCACCUCCUCCCCUCAAAAUUCAGGACCCUUCCACAAUGAGCAGCUCCAGUCUAUCUUCCCCAGGCACUCCCUUCUCCGGGUCCUCUGUAAGUUCAUGUGAUAGUGUUUUUAAAUACAAUCCAGAAUAUUUUGUCUUCACUCCAAGUGAAACCUUCUCGCCAUCUUGUUAUGCCACUCAGUCUCAGAAAGGCCAACUGGCAAUGCUACCUAGCCCUGGUAUUUUUAAAUAUUUUCCUGGACAGCUGUCCCCUGGAUAUUACCCUAGCUCACUUCCUGGUUCCUCCUCCACUGCACUGGAGAAAGACAAGAGGACUUCCAGUGUGACAGAAGAUAUCCCGACAAGCAUUGCUGGGAAGAAUGAUAGAAGGAGCAAGGAAAGUGGAACUUGCAUGCUUAGAAAAAUGGAAAAUGGAGGUAAGCUUGAAGGUGCAUAUUUUGAAGGAGCUCACGGACAGUUGUCUGUUUCUGUCGCAGAAGGGGAAAGCAUGAUUCAAAAUGCAGACAAAAGCCAGUGUGCAAAUCUUCCUCCUUAUCCAGAGGGUGUUGGUUCACUACUGCUGAAUACAGCUGCAAAAGAGAAAGGAUCAAUGGUUCGACCUUUGCAACAUUUAUUGCAAUCUGAUUCUUGGGAACUUGCAAACAGCUCCAUUACUCGUGGUUCCCCUUCAAUGAGCACUGCCAGCAAGGCUUUUCCAGGACAGAGUGGGCCUUAUCGAAUUCCUCAGACUGUUUUUUAUGGGCAGAAUUCAGUGCUAUGUUUUCAAUCAAAACCAUGCCAGCAAUCAUCCCCUUUUAUGGUUGAUGGAAAUUCUAGUCAUAGUGCAUUAGAUCGACAUUCUUUUAAAAGGGUUUCUUGCCCAAGUUUAGGCAAUGCCAAGGUAUCGGAGGAAAGGGGCAGGAUGUUGCAGGAAGAGAAGCUGUUUCCACCUCUGAGUGGAGACCACACACCCGAGUGGGAGGCUCGCAGCAGGCGUCCCAAGGCUCUGUCAAGUAAUGCAGCUAAAACAGUCAGGGAUUACUUUUUCCUAACUGAUGCCGAGAACUGCUUGGUAACAACACAACGACUGACGAAUGCAGCGAUCCAGGACAAGAAAGGAUGGCAAAAGGAGUGCUGCACCAAUCCAAAGUUCGAAAACUUUGAACAGGUGUUUUUCUCAGAGGAGUCUUAUGUGUAAAAAUCUGUCUGAAAAUAUUGUCUUCACUUAUUUUGAAAACCUAUUUAGAAAAUUGUUAAUCUUGAGCUAAUUCAUUACCUUGUGUUGUUAUUAGAACAUGGAUUAACAGUCCAAACAGUGUAAAUAUAUUUUUGACAAAUGUCAAAUUUUAUAUGUUGCAAGUGUGCUUCAUGGUAUUCAUAUACUUAAUCCUCUGCAGAACUAAGUUGAAUUUACUUCUGAUGUUGAAACAAAAUAACUUCUAUAAAAAUAUCUACAUGUUUUAAAACUAAAAACUGCUAAGCAGGUAGACAAGGGUCUGUCCUGAUAUUUCUGCCUGGCCCUGAUAUUAAACUGGGCACAGGUAGGGUUGUCAACAGUCCCGUAUUUUACAGAAUUUCUUUAUUUAAAUGCAAAUAUUGUCUCCUUUGAGAUUUUAACAGAGAUGAGGAGGAGGCAGGGUGAGCAGCCCAACCAUAAUAACACAGAUGUUAACAGAUAUUUAGAUGGUGACCAAAAUUAUAUAUGUAUGGGGGGGGGUGGACAAAGUGUCUGUGGACUGGAAGCAGGGGGACUUGAUUGCCUUAAUGUUUUUGUUAUCACUGCUGCAGCCUUAUCAAUUUGAUGUGCUUCACUGACUGCAAAACAAUACCCCUAGUACUUGAGCUCAUAUAGCUGACUUGGCUUAUUUUACUUCUAGUCACCCCUGAUUUUGAGGCUAGGCUCACACAGAAUACCAGGGCCUCACGUAGUCCAGUCCUUGUGGUUGUUGGCCUUCAGUAUCGCACGUGAUACCGCACCCACUGACUCUAGUGAUCAUGGCUAAGAUCCCGGAAUCAGUCACCAUAUUGAAACCAGAUUUGCCAUUUUAUCUGAUGGACGGCAAACAUGGAACAUGGGGGUGUGGUGAAAGGAGGGAAGACAAAGAAAGUAUGUGAGAGAACAUCAAAAAUCUGCAGAUGCUGGAGGUUCAAAGCAAAGACAGGAAAUACUGGAAACACUCAAGCAGUAAGGCAGCAUCUGUGGAAAUAGAACAAGAGUCAAUACUCCGGAUAUUCUGGAGAAGCAUCGCUGACAAAGGGCCUUUGAUUUGAAACAUCUGUUUCUCUUUCCAAAGAUGCUGCCUGAUCACCCGAGUGUUUCCAGCAUUUUUUGUUUCUAACAACUGUGAAAGGGUGGGUAAGGGACUGAAUGUGAGAAGACCUAAUAAAAGGCAAUUGAGAGGCUUGGGUAAAAUGGCCAGCUUAUGUGUGAGGCCACACGUAAACCUGCCAUUAUUAAUUUAUCCAAUAAACAUUUUUCACCAUCUAUUGAGCUCUGGAGAUAAUUCCAGAAGCCCUGCCUACUUGUUAGAAGAAAUAUUGGUAACCUUAGCUAUUAAGUUAAUUGUCAACCUUGAAAUCAGUUCCAUACACAGUCAAAUGAUACCUUGUACAUCAGUAUUAAUAAAUGGAGAAGAUUUGACAUUCCAAUGGACCAAUUGGACAAUUCAAUCUGAUAUUUUCUUAUACAACUUUCAGUAUUAUAUUAAGAACCCGGAGCUAGUUGCCCCUCUCUGAGCCAUUUGACAAAUUUCAAUCUUUGGUAAGGACAAAACCUGAGACAGAAAAUAUAUUUUUUAAAAAACUGAUUUCAUUAUAUUUGUCUAACUGGUUCAAAAUGCACCAAAUACACCUGUUUAAAUGUAGUCACAUACAAAGGAAAAUAAUUUGAGAGAAAAUGGAAUUUAGUAUUAACCUGGUUUGCAUGGUUUCUACAGGUUUGUAAUGUCAGUUCUUUGUUUAUGUCGAAGGUUGGCUUCACGGUGUGGCCGUAUUUCCAAUACUGCCAUCCAAGGUUGUGUAAUGAGGCUAUGUGUGUGAUAGUUUCCCUUUUUAUUUUAAAGAAAAGAUUUAUUUACCGGCAUCCUGUUGGUCGCAAGGUUACCUUAGAACUAGAUGUUUAUUACAGAUCUUCAGAACUUUUCAUUUUCUCUUUUUACUCCUCUAUGAAGUACUUUUUAUAAGAUCAUAAGUGUGAUUCAUUGUUCCUUUUCCCAGGGAGUUCCAUUGUUCUGUUGAGUGUUCACAGCGAUAUCCGCCGUCUUUGUUUAUCUGUCCCCCUCAUAGUUCCUGCACCUGUGAAUCUUCAUCUGGCUUAGGAACAGAAGCCAUUGAAGUGGUACAGUACAGAGCUAAUACUCUCAACUUAAUUAGAAUAAAUGAUACAAAAGACUUCUAAAGAGCAUACAAUAAUGUUUUAAACUCAUAUAUUGUAGCUUCAAGUUCACAAAGUUGCUGCCAGAAGUUAUUACAGUACUUAUUUCCUGCUGAUAAUGUUCUCUUUGUAUAAUGAAAGGAACAUCACAGGGAAAGUGCCAUUUAAUUAUUUUCUCCUGUAGACUAAGUUCAUGCCAGCUUUAUUGCAAAUUGACAGUGACAAUUUCCUCCUCCUGGUAUUCAGUCUUAUUUGACAAAGGUACUGAGUUCAAGGUAUACCUGCUUCUUCGUCCAAGUGAGUUCGCCUCUGUUCAAAUCUUCAAUUGUGCUUUCAUCGAAAGAAACACCAGACCUGCAAUGGAGUUCCUGAACAUUACCCUAUAGUCAUCAGUCUAUUGUGUAUUAAUUGAUCCCAGUUGAUGCAUGUUAAUGGAUGCCAAUGUUGACUUUGGUAUCCCUAGGCUGCAAGAGAGAUAGAUCAACCAAUUCCUUUUUCAAUCAUGAUCCUCUGUCUAUCUGCUUGAAUAAAGCAGGUGAGGACAUAACUGACUGCAGUACCCCCGAGGCUCAGGAUGUUGAAACUCAUUGACAAGUUUUGCACAAGACUUACGGCAAUUGUGGAGGUUACAGGAGGGGGAUCAAUCCUGUUAAAACACAACCGCAGAAUGAAAUCAAAGUACAGAAGAGUUUUAAUUUAUUUAUGCUACUCUAAAGGGAAAUAUAGCAGUUGAACAUGCUGUUACAUAUUAUAUAAUAUUAUAAUUCCACAUUUCAAAAUACAUUUUUAUAUUGGUAUGUUAGAUGAUAAUUUGCAGUUAUUCCUCAACAAUAAUUAAGAACUAUUGCUUGCUUGAAUAGUGUGAUAAUGUUAACAUUUCUGAUUCAUUCCAUUGAUUAACAUGGCACCUAGCAGUCAGUGCAGUUGGCAGCUUUUGGCUUAGUGCUUGAAUGCUGAUACCUACACCUAGCAGCUCAAUGCUGGAAAAGCUACUGUCAGCUUCAAAACUUAAAGGAGAAUUUAUGCAGCUGAAUGGCCAAUUAACAUUGCCCUGCAAAACCUUUCUAAAACAAAGUUGCUGCAUUGCAGGAGUUAAUAUACUUAACUGAACAAGCAAAUGUUCCUACCAGAAGUCAGAAAAAAUCUGUAUGUAGGAAGAUUUUAUCAUCCCUUUUCCCCUAUUCUGCACUAAUCUUCACUCACAACUGUAGAGACGUUUGAAAUCUUCCCCCAGCAAUUCACCUUUGGUCUGGGGACUGAUCCUCAAGCUCAUUUGAAGUAGAGAUUUGCUAUUUAAUAUCCCAAACUUGCUCACUGGCCAGCAGACACAUUUUAGAUGCUGCUGAAGUUUAGUAUCUGUUUUAAACACCACCUGCUCUCCCUCAAAAAUGAAAUACAUUUUUUGACAGAUGCAUUGUAUUCUGUAGGACCUACAAUUCCCCCCCCCAUUAAAUUCUGCAAGAAAUAUUUUGCUAAGUCACUCCACCUGCUAUGAUUUCUACUUCCGUUCCAUUUGAUUCUGAUGUCAUCAGUAUAUUGUGUGACCGGACAAAUUUCCUUUGUAUGUAGUAAAUUAUGCUCUGCAGAUUGAAACAAACUGCUUCAAUAUAACUCCGCCAGAUGAAUACCUUUGACUGCCACCGUUCCAGUAGGUAUUGCAUUGGAUGGAAUUUCUGUGGUGUCUUGUAUGAUACUGUUGCAUUUUAGUGGAUAUUAAUUUACAACCACCUUACAAAACUACAUAGACCGUAAGUUUAUGGUUCGGGUUUUAAGUGGAUAAAUAUAUAGUUCUGGAGUAUGACACAGCCACUUUUUAUUCAAUUAUUAAAUUGUUCUGUGGCUAAUGAGUAAAUGUGAUAUUAUGCAACAUUGUUUGCUUUUAUUAUUGCACUUAAAGCAACAAAACUAGGAACAAUGUGCCUUCAUGUACUCGAUGUAUGUUUUCAAUAGAUAUAGAAACCAGUAAAUAGAAAAAGCAUUAUUCCCUUACUUUAAAUCUUUAGUGAUAAAUAUCCUCUUCCUUAAGUGUGUAUAUGUGAUUUAUUUAUACAAUAAAGGGAAUCCGAACUUUUUGAAAACUUUUCAUGAUUAUAUUUUUAACUUUAUUAAGAAA